AACUUGCGUUUUCCUCUUUGUUCUUGCGGCCGGCCUGUUUUCGCCUAACACCCCAGCUCCCCGGCCUUGGCGGUGGGGUCCUUCCUCUUCUUUGUCUCAACCCCCCAAAUCAUGACAUCACCAGGGUUGAACGUCGGGGACCGGAAGUGUGCCUUGCAGCGGCGGGUCCCCCGCGAAUCGACGCCGGAAGUAGCAAUUUCUAGAGAAGGAUACCGUGGGCUUCGCUAUGGCGGCGAUCCCCCCCGACUCCUGGCAGCCGCCCAACGUAUACUUGGAGACCAGCAUGGGCAUUAUAGUGCUGGAGCUAUACUGGAAGCAUGCUCCAAAGACCUGUAAGAACUUUGCUGAGUUGGCGCGUCGAGGUUACUACAAUGGCACCAAAUUCCACAGAAUCAUCAAAGACUUCAUGAUCCAGGGAGGUGACCCAACCGGGACAGGUCGAGGUGGUGCAUCUAUCUAUGGCAAGCAGUUUGAAGAUGAACUUCAUCCGGACUUGAAAUUCACGGGGGCUGGAAUUCUCGCCAUGGCCAAUGCGGGGCCAGACACCAAUGGCAGCCAGUUCUUUGUGACCCUCGCCCCCACCCAGUGGCUUGAUGGCAAACACACCAUUUUUGGACGAGUGUGUCAGGGCAUAGGAAUGGUGAAUCGAGUAGGAAUGGUGGAGACAAACUCCCAGGACCGCCCCGUGGACGACGUGAAGAUCAUUAAGGCAUACCCUUCUGGGUAGUCAUGCAGCUCUCUGGGGUACACCCAGGUCCCCCGAGAUGGCCCCAGCGAGCCAGCUUCCAGAUGACCUAGAAUGACAUGUAACUCUGAACUUCAUUUUGGCUUUGCACAUCGUGGCGCUGAGGAGGCCUUGGGUCUUGGGUGAGUUAGAGACAAGUGUGUUUUCAUAGUGCGCUUCUUUUCUCUUCUCCCGGAGCCUGGGUUGACAGCAUUGGCAGGAGAGCCCAUACGAGACAGUACACAGGUUACCGCUCACUGCAGACGACCCGUACUGCUCCUCAUGUGUGUAUCUGCUCUGAUACACACGAAACAAAAGGAAGCCACCUCCGUCACUCCUCGGUGCCUGAACACACCUCUUCCUGCGGAGAUUCCUCUUCUGGCCCACACCGCGUUCUUCCGUGGCUGACAGCCACAGCGUUCAAAACCAGGUGGUGUCUGUCAGCCUCCUGAUCUCUGUACACCCCAUUUCAGUCUCCUACAUUUCUUCUUCCCGGAACGUAUGCAUCUCUCUCUCUAUUCCCCUCAAAAGCAGAACGUCAACACUGCUGUUUCUGACACUUACACAUCCCACGCAAAGCCACACUGGAUUUUUGCCAAAUGGAAAAUGCAUCCAACAAUAAAGUUUCUAAGAAGGUAUCAAGUGGGGAAUGAUAAUGUGUAAUAAUAGAGAAAUGAAUUUAUUAAAAGGAAGCAGAAGCAGUGACCAUUUUUCCCCCAGGAAGGAGUAGAAAUGUAUACUGAGCAUAAAGACAGACUAUGAAUUCUCCUUAAAAAGCAGUGUUCUCAUAAAGGAGAAGUACCACUUAAGUUUUUCUUUUUUUUAAACUUAAGACUUCAGAGAAAUUACGAUUUUAUGUUUUUGGUUUUUUUCAUCUUUUUUAUUUUUUUUAGGGGGUGCGGGUGAGAGAAAGGAAGUUGAUACCUAUGUAAUACAUAGAAACUUCCAAAAUAAAAUGCCAGUGAUGGUUGAAAUCA